AUUAAAUUGUUGGUUGUUGUGAUUUAUUAAACACUAAAUCAAAUAAGAAAAAUGAGGGAUAAUUACUUAACGGAGUAAGCACUGCAGUAAAAGAAUUAAUAAGAAAAUUCUAGUAGCAGGGCUGAUAAAUUGAGUUCAUAGAACUUAGAUCACUCUUAGUCUAAUUUAAAUUACAAAACUUAAAGAACAAAAAGCACAGAUUAAAAUAAAUCAGUAAUCUAAUUAAAUGAUACUUAGAGGUUGUUAGAAUUGUCUUAGAAUCAAAAUCAGAUCUAUCAGCAAAAGCAGAGCCAGUUGCAAUAGCAGGCAGUUAACACGCAAAGCAAUUUAAUUAAUUCGAAAAUGUCCCUUUUAGAGAGGCUUGAAGAUGAAUUUCCUGAGAAUGAAAACAUGAAGAAAGAUGAUAAAAGUCAAAUAUUUUAUACAGCAAUUAAUCAAGUGAGGCACAUUUAAAGUUUCACCAAAAAGAUUUCUCAAGUUUUCAACAAGAAGCAGCAAGAUAUAUUUAUCAAAUUAAGGGAGGACCUUGAAAUGUUAAUGUAAUAAUUUGAUGAAAAAGUGGUUGAAACACUUAAUAAAAAAGAAUACGAACUACUCAAAUCAUUUCAAAUUACCUUAGAUAAAAUGACCAAAGAAUUAUAAGAAUGUUAAUAAAAACUUAAUGAUUUCAACCUUUAAGUAGAAUUAGAUAUAAAAGUUAUAGGAUUAGAAAAGCAACUCAGAUUUUAUAGGGAAAAUAGCUACUCUUUAAACGAAGAAAACAAAAUACUUAAAGAAGAGGUUUCCAAACUUAAGCAUUUAUACAAUGAGUUAGAACAAGAAAAUUUAUGGUCCAGAUAGGCUCAUUUAAGGACACAACAAAAGCUCAAUGUCAUAAAAGAACAAAAUAAUUAUGAAAAUCAAAAUUCCACUAAGCACUCGUUCAUUUAAAAAAUUAAUAACAGAUAAAACGAAUUGGAUACAUCAAAUUUGUAGCAAGAUUCAGCACACAACACACUUGAUAAUAUUGAUGGGGUAAGGAACUCAAAACCUAGUCGAUAAUUUAAGUACAGAGACUCUUUAAUUGCUGCUAGAAAAGUUAUUUUUUUGCAAGAGAAUGUCCACCAAGCUGCGAAUGUAAUUGAUCAACUACUUAUUGAAAAGAUUAACCCUAGGGAUCAAUUAAUUGAAUAACUCAAGGAAUAAAUUAAUAACUAAAAAAUGCUUAACAAGUCUCUUAGCAUGCAGAUUAAGACAAGCAGCACUCCUAACACAACAGAAAAUCAAAUCAAGCAAUUAUUUAUUAAAUCUGUGAGUGAAGUUCAAAAUGAAAUUUAGAAGAGAAAUAAAAUGCUUAACACAUUCAAUCCGAAUUUAGAUUAAAUUGAAGUUUAAAAAUUUACUAAAUUUGAUAGAAUCGAAGUUAUUUCUAAAUUUUUCUCAAGUCUGAAAUUUUUAGAGAUUAUUAAAACAAUGAUUUUUGAUCAAAAAUGCUGCAAUAAUCCAAAAUGUAAAUUUAAUGUAAAUGAAGCAUCAAAAAAUGAAGAAAUAUAAAUUAAUGAAAAUUUAGAUUCUUAAUAAUAAAACAACACAACAUAAUAACCAGGCACUGAAACUAAUAUAAAAGCUGAAGUUUCUCACUAUGACUAUUUUGAUUUAAUAAAAACUAGUUAGUAAGAUGAAAAUAACAUGAAUCAAACUAAUCUUCUGCCACCCUAAUCACAGGAAAGCACUCUCAAAAAAUCUAUUGAAGAUGGAUAAUAAUUCAAUCUCAAUAGAUUAUAUCAGAUUAAGCACAGAACUAAUAUAAGUUAUUAUCAUCCUUAAAUUAAUUAAAAUCAGAGUGCUAUUUAAUAUAAGAAGAAUCGCAGCAAUAGUCAUUCUUCAACUGCUUAUUCUGGAUAUUAAUUAGGUUUUUCAGAUGCUUAAAGUACAAAUCUAAAUACUAAUAGAGAUUAAACAUACAGGAGCUUUGGAAAUACAAACUAAUUUUAUUAGGUUCUCAACCAAUCUUUUGAAGGAAAUUUAAACGAAAAAGGAAAUACCAAUGGAAAUUAAAGUAAUAACUCUUUUGUGAAUCAGUUUAAUGGAUAUCAUAAACAACUUAAAUAAAAUAUCAGUAAAUAAAAAUAAAAUUAGCUAGAAAUAAAUAAUAUGCACAGAAAAUUUCAUAGAUACAGAAAAGAGGUGGAUAAUAGCAAACCAUAGAUAGAAACUUAAAUAUCUGAUUUAAUUAACAAUCUUACUUCUUAAAGUAAAUUAAAUGCGACGACAAAUAGUAAUAUCUAGAACUCUGAGUAUAUAACCGUCAAGGAAAAGGAAGACAAAGUUAUUUUUAAGCACAAUAAACUUUAUUGA